AUAAGAAUAAUGAUAAGAUUCCCAGUACCGUUGAUUUGGCUUCAAAUUUGCUUCUUGGUUAGUUUGGAGAAAUGUCUGUAACUUGCAGAUGAGCGGUAUAUAUUUUCAUUAAAACAAAACAAGGGUGAGAUGUUUUAAUGAAUGGCUUGAUGGGCGUUGCUUACAGCAAGCUACGAUGGCUUUGAAUGAGAUUUUCUAACCAGUUCAAUUAUUAGAGUUAUGUACCUUGCCUGCUCUUACCAUCCUGAGGCCAUGUCUAGCGUAUCUUACAAUUCUCUCGCACUGCGCUCACAUUCUUCUGGGCAAUUUAGAAGUGGCAAAAUCACACAACCCACAUCCCAAUACAUACAACUAUUCAAAGUGGGCAGAGCUGAAAUCCUUUGUAGUACUAGUAAAGAGAACAAAUCUUGGUAUUUAUCACCACCCAUAUGCAAAUCCGUGGGAAAAUCAUUGUUUUGCCCUGGUAAAAGCCAAAGGGCACUUGUUCAUACCAAGGUCCAUGCUUUGAGAAAGCCUAAGGGUUUUGGCACUGUUUCAAAGAAGAAGAAGAACAAAAAAAAGCGAAUGUUAAGAGAUGAGCCAAAAAGAGAAGAAGAAGAGGAAGAGGAAGGAGGAGGGGACGGAGAUGGUGUUAUUCCAGAGAUUGUGACCAACAGAAUGAUAAAAAGAAUGGGGGUUUCUGUUGGGAUACCCUUAGCCAUUGGGCUCACUUUCUUCCCACUUUUUUACUACAUGAAAAAGGUGUUGAAAUGGAGUGUGCCUGAUUGGCUUCCUUUCAUCACAUCAUUUAUCACAUUUGGUUCAGCUGCGUUGGGUAUAAGCUAUGGAAUCAUGUCUACUAGCUGGGACCCCUUGAGGGAUGGAUCCUUCCUCGGCUGGACAGAGGCCCAAAAGAAUUGGCCUGUGUUUUGGCAGUCAGUGUGGCAAAAGCAAGGAAAAAAGUAGAUUGAAUCCAUUGUUGUAAGUUCAUUAUAUUCAUAUAUUGACAGGUUUUUAUUACUUAUGGACUUUUUUCCAUUGGUAAUGUACUGUAACCAUCCUUUCUUAUACUUGCAUUGAUGGAUUUUUCAAACAUUACUAAGUUCAUAAUGGACUACAUAUAUAGCUUCUCUGUUGUGCACUA